AUGUCUUCUUAUCAGUCCCCUCCCUUGCAGCGCCAACGGUCACCUCCUUCCAAUGCCAUGAAUAAUGUCAACGCCUACAGCGGCCGCUUCCCCAGCCAGCAUUUUCCUCCUCAAUCGCCCACCAAUGAAGCAGGUUCAUCGUCCGGUAAUGUCUUCGUAGAGGGCAGUUCGAGCUCGCGAUCACGCAGUAGCACCAUCGGGCAGAGCUACCCCAUAGCCGUGCAGCCACCGAUGCCAAAUUCACCGCCUCAGAACGUCCAGCCUUUGUUCGCCCAACACAGCGGCACCGCCGGCGGCCAACAUCACAUCUCCCGCCCAGUAUCACACUCCGCCGCACCUGGGUCCGGCCCAAUGAUGCAGGGCGGACUGGGAGGUCCAAACGGCGUUGCUGGCCCCAGCGCACGGCCAUCAGGCAUCGGGUCUAGUAGUAGAUCGCCCUUCUCCACGCCCGUCACCUCGCUGUCGCGUCAACGCCCGCACCAGAUCCUGCUGAUUAACCCGAACUCCACGCGAUCCAUGACCGAAGCAUGCCUCAAUUCCAUCCGACCGAUAAUCCCUACCGGCGUCGAGGUAACGGGGUAUACUGCCCCUUAUCCGGCGCCUACGGCGAUUGAAUCGGCCACCGACGCCAUCAUGUCGACAGAAGCCGUGCUGCGCGACCUAGCCAAGCACGCCGCGUCGAACGGCGAGACCGUCCAGAAUUUCGACGGCAUGAUUGUCGCCUGUUUCUCCAAGCACCCGCUGAUUGAGGCGCUGCGUGAGUCCUAUGAUGUUCCUGUCAUCGGCAUCAUGGAAGCCAGCCUGUACGUGGCGCGCAUGCUCGGUGGACGCUUCGGCAUCGUGGCCACCGGGCAACGCUCCAAAAUCAUGCAGGACGACCAGGUCGCCGCCUAUGGCCUGUCGCAUUUCUAUGUCGGUAGUGAGUCAACCCACCUCGGAGUGUUGGAGCUCGAGUCCCGCCCUCGUGAGGAGGUGGCCAAGCGCAUCGCUCAUGCUUCGCGCACCCUGGUCGUCAAAGGCGCAGACACAAUCCUGCUGGGAUGUGCCGGCAUGACGGACUUGACACGUGCCGCGAAGGACGCUGUGAGGGAUGAAGAUGGUCGUCGGACGGUCAAUGUCAUUGAUUCGGUGGAGGCUGGAGUCAUGAUGAUGGCCAGCCUGAUAGGCAUGGGGAUUCCGACGAGCAAGAAGGGGCUGUAUAAGGGAGAGAGGGAGGCCAGGCGAACUCGGGGACAGAAUUGGUUGUGA